AUGAUGAAUCCAAAUCAUUAUUUUCUGAACCCGUAUGUUGUUGUAUGGGAGUUGUCAGAAGAUAAUUUCAAAGAUGAUCCAAAUCCAAGUUAUUAUGAUCCUCAGAGUCAACAAACCUCGCAACAACAACAACAACAACCUCUAAAUCGUGUAAAACGAUCCAUUUCAUCAAACAAUUUACAAACCACAUCCACUACAACAACAUCAUCCUCAUCAAUAGUAAACACUAAAUAUGCUCUAUGGAAUAGACAAAUUAAAAGACUUUGUAUUAAUAAUCAACAAUUUCAAGCCAGUGGACUUUCAACUCUUCAAGUUGUAAAGGGGAAGAUACAAAAAAUUCAAUCCAACAAAACAAACAAAACAACAACAACCAGUAAUUCCGGAUCAGCUUCUACUACUACAAGUACACCUCUGGAAGUUGUACCAAAUUUGGAUUUAAUUAAACCUAUCAGUCAGUAUAAAGUUGACUUUUACACAUCAAAUGAUUCGAGGAUUAAAGAUUGUAACUCUAGGCACUGGUCUUGCUGGUAUAGAAAUCCAUAUUUCCAUCUAUUUAUUGUACAAACAGAAGAUUUGGAAAUCUAUAAGAGUAAUAUUAAACCUAAACUUAAAAAAUGGGUUGAUUACAUGACAGAAAGAGAUUACGAAUAUUUAAUUUGUUAUGUUUCGAGUAACACAUCUUCUGGAGAUUUGUUUAAGAAAUUCUCUCUAUUCAGUAAGGUGUAUGACAAAUUAAAGAGCGACUUUGGAAAGGCUACAUCAAAUGGAUCGAAUAGUAUUGCUUCAUCAAGCUCUGCAAGUAGAGUGAUUAAACUAGGUCUUCAACAUGCACUCAAUGGAGCAAAUAAUAGUAAUGGUACCACACUAAAUACAAGUGCAAGUAGCAGUUCAAGUCAAGAUGAUUCAUUACUAUCAACUAGUGGAUCUAAUACAAGUGUUGUGAAGGAAAUGUACACAAGAAUUCAUGAAGGAAUUUUGCAUGAGUUUUCAAGAAGAUGUGCUAAAUAUGAAGAGGAAAUCAAAAAAACAGAGAUGAAUAUGCAUCUUCCUGGUUGGCAAUUUUCUCAAUAUUUUAUUCAAAAAGAAGGUCUUUCCUUUUUACUAGAACAAUUUGGACUUUUUGUUAAUUCUCUUGGUAUUUACAAUCAAUUACUUGGGUUUGCUUCAUCAGAAAGAAAAAUGGUUCAAUAUGCCAAUUUCUUUGAUGAGAAACAAUUCAAAAUUGUCAACAUUUUGGAAGACCAAUAUGAUGGUUUUAGAGAUAGUAUGAAAAAUUCAUUAAUUUCAGAAUUUGAGUUUCAAAAUUAUGUAUUUUCUAGACAGAUGCACUUGUUUUUUAAGCUCCAUAUGUCAGAUCAAGUUGCUAGAGUUGCUCCUUUACACAUUUCUAGUUUAGUAAAGAGAUUGGAACAAGAAUUGCUUACCUCUAAUACUGAAACCAAUGAACUUGCCACUUCAUGGGAUGAAAAUACCUUGACAAAAUACUUGAAUAUUCACGCAUGGGCUUAUGCAUCUGCAUUUUGUGUAGCUGAAGAGUGUUAUAAGAGAGUGAAGGAAAUGUCUGACGAUGUUCAAAGAACAUUAUACAGAUUAUGUGGUGAUAUUUAUUUAUAUUGUAGAUAUGAAUUAGAAAUUUUAGGUUCAGUAUUUGACAUGGAUAUUUCUUGGGAUAAUAUAUGUACUGGAGGAACAGACACUGUUUUUGAUUUGAGUUUAAAACAUGUGGAUUCAGCUGCAGAACUGGUUACUAAUCUUCCAUUUAUAACAAAAGUGGAGUAUUCUAAACUAGCUCAUACGCUAAAUAUGGACGUUGAACAAAAGAAAUUACUUCUUGUUUAUAACACUAAUUACUUACCAGCCUCUCUGUUAAAACAAGCUCUAUCAACCCAACAAGAAUUUGAUGAGAGAAUGUUAGCAGUGAUAUCAUCUGUUGCAGAUUGUUACAAUAAUGGACUGAGAAAUAGAUUCUAUCAGAAAUUGAAUGGAGACAUGGCUGCUAUACAUUUCAGACAAGGAAAAUAUGUAGAAUCCUUUAAAUAUUUGAAGGGACAACUCUCCAUGUAUCUUACUGAUGGCUGGUAUGGUAUUGCAACUGAUGUAUUGAUCAAAAUGGCAGAAUGUACAAAACAUAUGAAAUCUGAAGUUGAUUACGUAUCAUCAUGUGUAGAUUUAAUUACUUCAAAAUAUACAAAUAAUCUCCAAAAACUUUAUUACUGGAGAGAAAUGACAGAUACUCUUAAAAACUAUGAAAAUACUAUCUCAAAACAAAUAGAGGAUACAUCCAUGUGGUAUACCUGUGUAACAACAACAAAGCAAAAUGAAGCAUGUUUAGAAAUGGGUAAACAAUUGAAUUUAAUCGUUACCAUUUUCAAUGAUUCACUACUUGAAGAAUUUACAGCUGAAGAGCUUUCACUUUCAUUUAUUCAAGUUGAUGAGGAUUCUUAUCAUGAAAGACUUGUCAUUUCAAGAAAUAUUUCUAACACACCUUUAAAAAGGGGCAAAAAUGUUUUUCCAAUAGAUGAAAUGAUGCUACGCCUUGGCUCUUUCCGUCUGGAGCGCAUUUCCAUCAAAUUUGGUAAAUUAGAGCUUAUUGUACCAACUAAAAGAAAGGAAGAAGAAUUGGUAUAUAAUAGACCAUUCGUUGUUGUGUCAUCAGAAAAAACCAAUAGAGAAAAGGUUAAACCAAAGAGUGAUAACUCUCUUCUAUCUAGACUUACAAGAACUAAAGAUACUGAUACACAAUCUGAAAUUGAAAGUCAAAUGGAAACUAUGUUUGCCGAUGAUGACUCUUCUUCAUUCACUACCACUACAAUGGUAGCAGUUAAGAAGGAUAGUUUAAAGGAUGCCUUCCUAUUAUUGGUACUUGAAUCUAGACCAACACUGACUAUAGAAACUGUCAAAGAGCAACUCUUCCUUCUAAACUCUGUUCACUAUUUCUGUAUUACAGUCGAUACAAAACAAGACCUUGUUGAAUGUGGAUCAAUGUCUAUUACAUCACUAUCUCAAAAUUUACGUGUUUGCCCAGAUAAGAAGGGUUUUAUUAUAGUCGAUGAGGGAGCCGAAGAAGAGAUUGAUAUUUUGGAUUGUUCAAUUUCAAUUCCAAAAUUAGGAACGGGCAGGCGUCUUACCUACAAGAUACCUAUUAUUGCAACAGAAAUUUCCAAAGAAAGACUUACAGAGAAUUACAAUAUGAGCUUUAGAGCUAACUAUACUAAACAAGUUACAAGAGAAUCAUUCAAAUUACAAAAAACGUUUGAAAUUACUUUUUAUCAACCAUUUUCGUGUGAAUGCUUUUCUACUAAAAUGUCAGAGAGUAUCUAUAUGAUUCAAGUUUUAACAAAGUGCAUAACACCAAAACCGUUAGAGAUAUCCAAAUACGAAAUUACUUCAUCAGACUCUUUUAAUAUUACCAAAGAUUUCAAUACCCAUCUCAUAACUACUACAUCUCCAAUGGAAGUAUUUGCUGAAGAUUUUAUUUCUUAUGUAUUUGAAGCUGUUGUUUCAAAACCAUUCACUCCUCCUGUUAUGAAUUUGGAAUUUUCAAUUCCAACCCAAGACUCUGCAGUUUAUCAUUUUAUUGUACCAUCCAUUGGUAUAAAUGAAGAGAUUGACCCUCAAUUUUCUGUUGAUGUUAACUGCUUUGCCCAAACUAAGAACGAAUCCUUGUCACCUCUUAUGGGUUUUCCUUCAACAGCAGAGGAAGAUAUUACAAAUGAAACAGAGGGAACCCAAAAGGCUCUUGUUGUAGGGCGUUCUUGUCAAAUGAGUUUGGAUUUAUUCAUUACCAAGCCAUUAGUAUUCCACAAUGAUCGUGCAUUUAUUUUGGAAAUCGAGGCAGAUCCUCUACAUUGGGUUUUAUCUGGUACUAGUAGAAUAGUUCUCGAUGAAAGUAUCAAUCUAUCACCAUUACACGUUGAAGUUGGACUCAUUCCACUAUCAAGUGGUUAUGUUGCCCUUCCAGAUAUUAAUAUCAUUUGUAAAUCUAAAACAAAUUCAGCUGAGGAAAAGUCUUUCUCCGAUGUUUUACAAAGAAAUUAUCACAAUGUUGAAAAUAGAGGAAGAGCCUUUGUUUUACCAUUGUCUUCUAAAGAUGUGAUAUUUGGACCACUAUUCCCUGUAAAUUUUCCUAAUGUUGAUCUUUCCCUUCUUACCAAAUUACCUCAACCAAGCAUUUCACAAACUUCUCUUUCAUCUGAAAUUGAUUCACCAGCUAAACCACCUUCCAAACCACUUUCUCAAAUAGAUUCUCAAAGAAAUUCAAAAUCUCUUAAGGUAACAACUCCUACUUCUAUUUCACCAAUUUCUUCCCAAGCACAUGAUGAAUAUGAUGAUGGUUCUCAAUGGAAUGAAGGUCCACUCGGAAAGCAAAUUGAGGAUGUUAAUCCAAUUGCUUACACACAACCAAAGUUUGUCACUCCAAACAUUGUAAAUUCUUCAGAGAAAUUGAUGGAUAAACAUCCUGCCAUAAGUCCAAUAUCAAUCCCAAUUUCCAAAAUUGCAACACCACCUCCACAUGUUCUUGUUGACAGAAAACUUCCUUCAUCUCCAAGACCAACACCCAGAGCAGCAAUUAUUAAUAUGAGAAGAAGAGAGGGAGCUCAAGCUCAUAAGAGAACAAAAUCAGAGUAUUUGGCCUUUUCCAGCGCUGAAAUGGAAGUUCUACCACAAACAGACUUGCUAUCACCUGUUUCAAACACAGUUACAACCAAUAACAAUCGUAAAGGUUUAGCUCCACCCCUCUCUGAGGUUGAAAUUUCUGAAGGAGCAGAUGCUUCAUCUGAUGAGAAUGACGGUUUUUCAGAGUAAUUUAAUAAAUAAUUUAUUGUUUAAA